AUGCCGACCGUCAUCCGCAAGAGGCAAAACUGUGGCCUGAACACCACAUUUAUGAGCAGAUGUGCAUCGAGGGAGUUGAGAGAGUCCUGUCUGACCCCAGAUCAGUUUCACAGCCAUUUCUGGUGCUGUUUUACUCUCCAAAACUGGCUGCUAGACAUCGGCAGGCCUGUAAUAAUGAUCUUCUGUCCGCUGGAUUGGUUUCCUCUCAACAAACCCAGCGCUGCAGAUUAUUUCCACAUGUUGUACAACAUCACAACACCAUUGCUUCUGCUCAAGCUGAUGGAGCGCAGCCCGAAGACACUGCCUCGCUCCGCCAUGUACCUGUGCAUCAUCACCUUCGUCAUGGGCUCCAGCAUUCACCUUAUGGGGGAAUCCAUUAACCAGCGGCUGCUGAUCAGUGGAUACCAGACACACCUUACCCUCAGAGAAAACCCCAUUAUCAAGAGACUCACACCACACACACUGAUUGACUCAUUUGAGUUACUACAGUAUUAUGAUGAAAGUCUGGGCCAUUUUAUGUGGUAUGUCCCUCUGUUUCUCAUCCUGUUCCUGUAUUUCACUGGAUGUUUCACAAUUGUCAAAGCAGAGGAGAAGAUGCCUGUCUCAGCUUGGCUUCUGCUGGGUCCUAGUGGCCUUUACUACUGGUAUCUGGUGACAGAAGGACAGAUUUUCAUCCCAUUUAUUUUCACGUUUUUCGCCAUGACGGCUACAGUUCUGCAUCAGAAGCGUAAAGGUUUUCUUCCUGACAGUAAUGGACUGUUUCUGCUCUACAGUUUCUCGAUUUCGCUCUUUUUAGUGAGCGUCUGGGUCACCUGUCUGUGGAACGAUGAAGUGUUGCGGAAGAAAUAUCCAGGAGUGAUGUAUAUCCCAGAACCGUGGGCUCUUUACACAUUACACCUCAGAAACAAACACACCACACUUACAGACUGAAAAAUAUCACUUACAUCACAAAACAUAAACUCUUUCCAUCAUUUCACUGUUGUUUUUGGAGAGUGUUGUUCCCAUUUCAGACUCAUUCCUGCAAUACUUUACUCUAUUCUAAGUUGUCAAGAUUGAUUUUCUUCACUAUUACUUAUAAACACCAAGUUUUCCAGUGUUGUUCCUUUCUAUAUUCCUUCAUCAUUCACCUUCAUUUUUUAUUUCUUAUGGUCAUGUAUUAUUUGUCUGGUUUAUAUUACA